UCACGUGUUGUUGCUGGACAAUGUCCCGACCGUUAGCUGAAAGUGAGGAUUGUGGAAAAACAUUUAUACAAAGUCUCUCCUUGAUUGCAUAAUUAAUGAAAACGACUAAGGACGAGUGUCGCCCUGAAGCAGACACUAAUCAGCCAUGUUAAUGUGCAGAUAGGCGGCUGUCCUCGCGUGUAAAUCUCUAAAUAAGCGGACCGCUGCUGGAGCAACAUGGAAACCGCAGAGGAAGCAGAUAUUUGUCGAGUAUGUCGGUCGGAGGGGACCCAGGACAAACCCCUCUACCACCCCUGUGUUUGCACUGGCAGCAUCAAGUUUAUCCACCAGGAAUGUUUACUUCAGUGGCUAAAACACAGUAGAAAAGAAUACUGUGAAUUAUGCAAACACAGGUUUGCGUUUACACCGAUUUACUCCCCGGACAUGCCAUCCCGGUUGCCAGUGCAGGAUAUAUUUUCGGGGCUGGUCACCAGUAUCGGAACAGCCAUCAGAUACUGGUUCCACUACACCCUGGUGGCGUUUGCUUGGCUGGGUGUGGUUCCUCUCACAGCAUGUCGUAUCUACAAGUGUUUAUUUACAGGCUCCGUGAGCUCUCUUCUUACCCUGCCGUUAGACAUGCUUUCAACGCAGAAUCUGCUUGCUGACUGCCUCCAGGGUUGUUUUGUGGUCACGUGCACGUUGUGUGCCUUCAUCAGUCUGGUGUGGCUCAGAGAGCAGAUCGUCCACGGCGGCGCCCCCCAGUGGUUAGAGCAGAAUCCCCCCCCUCUGGUCCCCAACCCCCCCAACGACCCUGCACCCGCUCAGGAGGACCCAGGUGCUAAUGCUGCUCAGCACGGCCAGGCGGCUGCAGAUGCAGCAGAUGCUGCAGCCGCCCAGAACCCUGUCCACCCAGAUCCUGCCAACCUGCCUGAAGCUGGUAACCCUGGAGAUGAGGCAGAACUAGACGAUGAUGAUGGUGAUGAUGAUGGAGAUGAUGAUGAGGAUGAGGAUGAUGAUGAUGAUGGGGAUGAAGAUGAAGAAGAAGAAGAGGAGGAAGAAGAAGGCAGGGAAGAGGAGGCUGCUGAUGCCAAUAAUGGAGGACAAGAAGAUUUGAACUGGAAUGCCCUGGAGUGGGAUCGAGCAGCAGAGGAGCUCACCUGGGAAAGGAUGCUGGGGCUGGAUGGUUCCCUUGUCUUCCUGGAGCAUGUAUUCUGGGUGGUGUCGCUCAACACACUCUUCAUCCUUGUAUUCGCUUUUUGCCCAUAUCAUAUUGGGCAUUUUUCAGUUGUCGGAAUGGGCUUUGAAGAUCAUAUCAAAGCUUCACAUUUUGACGGCCUCGUCACCACAAUACUGGGAUAUAUUCUCCUGGCUGGAGCCCUCAUAGUCUGCCAUGCAUUGGCAUCACUAGUGAAGUUCCAGCGGUCCAGACGCCUCCUGGGUGUUUGCUACAUUGUUGUCAAGGUUUCCUUGCUUGUCGUCAUGGAAAUAGGCUUGUUCCCGCUUAUUUGUGGUUGGUGGCUCGACAUUUGUUCACUGGAGAUGUUUGAUGCAACUCUCAAGGACAGGGAAGAGAGUUUUGACUCUGCUCCUGGUACCACCAUGUUCCUCCACUGGCUCGUUGGCAUGGUAUACGUCUUCUACUUCGCCUCAUUCAUCCUUUUGCUCAGAGAGGUUCUACGACCAGGUGUGCUGUGGUUUUUGAGAAACCUGAAUGACCCUGACUUCAACCCGGUGCAAGAAAUGAUCCACCUCCCCAUCUACCGACACAUCAGGAGGUUCAUACUCUCAGUGGUGGUGUUUGGCUCCAUAGUUUUGCUGAUGCUUUGGCUCCCAGUCAGAAUCAUCAAACUGCUCUUCCCAUCCCUCCUACCGUACAACGUCAUGCUUUACAGCGACGCCCCGGUCAGCGAGCUGUCUCUGGAGCUGCUGCUCCUUCAGGUUGUUCUGCCGGCGCUGUUGGAGCAGGGCCACACUCGCCAGUGGCUCAAACGUCUGGUCCACGCCUGGACCUUCACCGUUGGAUAUGUGCUCGACCUUCAUUCUUACCUACUGGGAGAAUUUGAAGAUGAUGACAACAUACCAAAUAACCCUGCUGAUCGCCAUAACAACAACCGGAUCCCUGGCCUGGGGGAGGGGCUUCACGCUGCCCACCAGGCCAUUCUGCAGCAAGGUGGACCUGUGGGUUUCCAGCCCUACCAUCGUCCCACAAACUUCACCCUCAAGAUCACUCUGCUGGUUAUCUUCAUGUGUGUCACUCUGUUACUAGCCAGUCUGACCUGUCUCACGGUGCCAGUGUGUGCGGGUCGUUGGCUGAUGUCUGUCUGGAUGGGCAGUGCGGUGGUUCAUGAGCUGUACACAGCAGCCAGCGGCCUCUACAUCUGCUGGGUGUCCAUCCGAGCUGCCACCGUGCUGUUGUCCUGGAUGCCACAGGGACGGACGGUGAUCCUGCUCAAAGUCCAUGAGUGGACACUCAUGAUCUUCAAGACCAUUGUGGUAGCCGUGAUGUUAGCCGGGGUGAUUCCUCUGCUCUUGGGUCUGCUGUUUGAGCUCGUCAUAGUUGCCCCACUCAGAGUCCCACUGGAUCAGACACCUCUCUUUUACCCCUGGCAGGACUGGGCCUUGGGCGUCCUUCACACUAAAAUCAUUGCUGCCAUAACACUGAUGGGUCCUCAGUGGUGGCUCAAAACAGUCAUUGAGCAGGUGUACGCUAACGGCAUCAGAAACAUUGACCUCUAUUUCAUUGUGCGAAGGCUGGCUGCCCCUGUCAUUUGUGUUUUGCUGUUGUCUCUCUGUGUGCCAUAUACCAUCUCUAAAGGCAUUACUCCACUGCUGGGCGUGCAGCUGGAGAUGCAGACUCUGGUGGAGAGGAGAAUCUAUCCCUUCCUGCUCAUGGUGGUCAUGCUGUUGGCCAUACUGUCCUUUCAGAUUCGACAGUUCAAGCGUCUUUAUGAACACAUUAAAAAUGACAAAUACCUGGUUGGACAGCGGCUGGUAAACUAUGAGCGGAAGACUCGGAGCACGUCCACCUCCUCCUACAGCACUUCUUCAUAGGGGGGGCUAUCAGCAGCCCCCACGGGGAAAGCUUUCUCGCUGUGCGGUUGUCAACUUCAGACACUGCCUGUAGACAUUUGACUGCAGCCUAAUCCUUUUAUUCUCCAACAUCUCCCACAUUUGUAGGUUGAGAGUCAAAAGAUAGCUGACAGCAAAAACAGUUGCUGAGUUUUUAUUCAAAAAUCCUUCUUGAGCCAGGUUUUUAACCAACCUGCAGAACAGUCCGCAUUACUAAAAC